CCAAGUAAGGGAUGAAAGUUCAUCGAGGAGGAGGGCCUUGUUGUCAUCCUCCGGGAUCGAACCCCUCCACCCGCAGUCGCAGGCGCGCGGGGUGGCCGAGGGGAGCCGAGCGGGAGCUGGGGCAGGGAGGGAGGGCGGGGCGGGGGUCCGGAGGAGUCACGCGCCCCCUCCCGCCCCAGGUCUCCCAUUCAGGAUGCGGGUCCGCCGGCCUCAGCCCUGGGGGCUCGGUCUGCUGCUCGUCCUCCUGCCUGGGACGUUGAGUGCAGAGAGCCAUCGCUCCCUCCUGUACCACUUCACCGCCGUGUCCGCCCCUGCCUCGGGGACUCCUGCCUUCUGGGUAUCGGGCUGGCUGGGUCCACAGCAGUACCUGAGCUACAAUAACCUGCGGGCUGAGGCUGAGCCCUACGGCGCUUGGGUCUGGGAAAGCCAGGUGUCCUGGUAUUGGGAGAAAGAGACCACAGACCUGAGGAACAAGGAGAAGCUCUUCCUCGAAGCUCUCCAAGUUUUAGGGGAAGGAGGUCCCUACACCCUGCAGGGCCUGUUGGGCUGCGAGUUGGGCCCUGACAAUGUCUCGGUGCCUGUGGCCAAGUUUGCCCUGAAUGGCGAGGAGUUCAUGAUAUUUGACCCCAAGAUGGGCACCUGGGAUGGGGACUGGCCUGAGUCCCAGACCAUCGGUAUCAAGUGGACGCAGCAGCCCGAGGCAGUCAACAAGGAGAAGACCUUCCUGCUCUACUCCUGCCCCCACCGGCUGCUGGGGCAUCUGGAGAGGGGCCGAGGCAACCUGGAGUGGAAGGAGCCACCCUCCAUGCGCCUGAAGGCCCGACCGGGCAGCCCUGGCUUUUCUGUGCUCACCUGCAGUGCCUUCUCCUUCUACCCACCCGAGCUGCAGCUGCGAUUCGUACGGAAUGGGAUGGCAGCUGGCUCUGGUGAGGGUGACAUUGGCCCCAACGGUGAUGGCUCCUUCCACGCCUGGUCAUCGCUAACAGUCAAGAGUGGCGACGAGCACCACUACUGCUGCGUGGUGCAGCACGCAGGGCUGGCCCAGCCCCUCACUGUGGAGCUGGAAUCACCAGCCAAGUCCUCGGUGCCAGUGGUUGGAAUCGUCAUCGGCUUCUUACUGCUCAUGACAGUGGCUGCAGGAGGAGCUCUUCUGUGGAGGAGGAUGAGGAAGGGGCUGCCAGCCCCUUGGAUCUCUUUCCGUGGGGACGACGUAGGGGCCCUCCUACCCACUCCUGGCCUGUCCAAGGAAGCUGAAUCUUAGGAUAUAAAUGCAUUCCCAGCGACUGCCGAUCGUCCCCCAUCCUGGCUGCUACCAGCUAAUGUAGUCAGGUCCUUUUCAUGCUGUGAGACCUCCUGGAAUCCUCGUAUUUCUGAGCCUCCAGAAGGAGCCCGAUGUCCUCCCUCUGGAUUUCUCCUCUUGUGGCCUGCCUCAGUUUCCCCUCCUGAUAUAUAUGGCUCCCUUCCACCUCCACAUAUAACAUGGGUUUGGGCCCGAAUCAUUGUGUUCUCAUCGUUUCAACUUUUUAGGGAAUUGUGGGGGGAAUAAAUGGUGUAAGCCUUGGACUUCAAAUCUCUCCUGAGGCUAACUUGUUGCCAUGGUGGAAUCUACCAAUUUUAUAUACCAAGUCAUAUAUUUUUAAUUAAUAAAUUUCACAAAUAUUUACUGGA